AAAUAUUAAUGUCAAAUGCGAUCCUCCCGCCAUUAUAAAUCAUCAGCUGUAUUUUCUGUCGUGGGGAACUUGAUGUGCUGGGAAUAUACUUGGCUUUGCCACUGAUCACCAAGUGUCAAUGAAGCAGACGUAUCUGCCUCACUGAAGUAAUCUGCUAAAAAACAGUGUUUUCUGCAUUUUUCUAGGUAAUCCAAAGCCAAAAGUGGCUUUUUCUCCAUUGUUUGUUUAUGGUAACACAACACAAGCUUUGCCUUCUUUAGUGACCAUUCAGAAGAUUGGUUUGUCUUUAAACAUGGCUGAAGAAAGAAGAGCCGGAGGGCUUAGUAAAUCAUGUAUUCUUCUUAUAGUGAUUGCUGGAAUGGAGAGGUUUGCAUUCAAAGGAGUGGCGUCGAAUCUGGUGACAUACCUCACGGAUGUGAUGAAGAUGAGCAAUUCUGAAGCGGCCAAGACUGUGAACAGUUGGUGUGGGUUCACUUCCAUGUUGCCAUUGUUGGUGGCACCUUUGGCUGACUCCUUCUGGGAUAGGUACUCAACCAUUUUGACUUCAUCUUUCCUCUAUGUUUUGGGCCUUGGAGCCGUGGCAUCAACAUCUUUGGUAUGGACAUAUACACCUCCAAGCACCACAAGCUCCUCUGCCUUCCUCUUUGGUUCCCUUUGUUUGAUUUCAUUAGGGCAAGGUGCAUAUAACCCUUCUUUGCAAGCCUUUGGAGCCGACCAACUGGACCAUGAUGAUGAAUUCCCAUGCACCAAUGAUGACAAAAAGAGCUCCAAAAAGAAGGGUCUAUUUUUCCAAUGGUGGUACUUCGGUGUUUGCACUGGCAGCCUCUUAGGUGUAAUCCUAAUGUCCUACAUCCAAGAUACCUUCGGCUGGGUGCUCGGAUUCGCAAUCCCCAUGUUUGCCAUGAUUAUAUCCGUCGCGUUCUUCGUAUGCGGUAGCCGGAUUUACGCACAUAAACAGGAUCGAACCAUAUACAACAAGCCCUUUCUGUACCUGUUCGCCAUGAAAGAGACGGCGUCGAGAUUAAUCAAUUGCGGCAUCACCUUGCCAGACGAAAAGUCCGAUUCAGUGGAGCUAGAGCUUCAACAGAGACCUCUUUGUGAUAAAAAACAUCACCACGGCAAUGAGGGCUCGGAUUUGAAUCUUGAACCAAAUACUUACCUGAUUGAAAAUGUGAAAAUAGUACUCCGUCUAUUGCCUAUAUGGACGAUGCUUUUGAUGUUCGCCGUGAUUUUCCAACAGCCUGCAACUUUUUUCACGAAACAAGGGAUGACAAUGAGACGGAACGUCGGUAAGAACUUCAAGAUCCCACCGGCAACGCUACAAAGUGCAAUUACAUUGUCUAUAAUCCUCUUGAUGCCUUUUUAUGACAAAGUUUUGAUCCCGAUCACGAAGUUGGUCACUCGUAAUGAGAAAGGUAUCACCGUAAUGCAAAGAAUGGGAGUCGGUAUGUUUCUUUCGGUCAUUGCUAUGAUCAUCGCUGCGGUCGUCGAAAGGACGAGGCUCGAGAUCAGCAGGAAAAUAGGCAACCGGGAAUCCGAAACAGUCCCAUUAAGCAUCUUCUGGUUGCUUCCGCAGUAUGUUCUUUUAGGCAUUUCGGACAUUUUCACCGUUGUUGGGAUGCAAGAAUUCUUCUACAAUGAAGUCCCGGUCCGGAUGCGGACGAUGGGAUUCGCUCUAUACACCAGCGUUUUCGGGGUCGGAAGUUUCCUUAGCGCGUUGAUGAUCUCGGUCAUCGAAGCUCUUACAAGUUCGGACGGAAGACGAAGCUGGUUCUCGGAUGACAUGAGGGAAGAUGGACUGGACAAACUAUACUGGCUUCUAGCCAUUGCCAGUGCUUUGAGCGUACUGUUUUAUGCAAUGUUUUGCAAAUGCUACAAAAGUCGGAUUGAACUCGAAAAUGCUACUAUAAAUAAGCUAUGAAAUUCUCCGUUUUCAUCGGUUUGAUUCAGUUCUUUCUUGCAAUAAUGUGUGUUAGAAACUUGG